AUGACAGUUCAGCACGUUGUACUUUCUGAUCGUGAGAUUGAAGAGAUCCAGAGGGCAGAGGGCCAAACGAAUCUCAUCCGCCAAGCCCAAGAGAGCGAUGAAGCCGACCAAAAGUUGACCAUUAGGCAGGCUUUCAAGGAGCGAUUUGAGGUGUAUAAUCCCGUCCCAGAUCGGAAGUUGAUUCCUGCCGAAUGGCAGCCGGGACUCUCGAACUCAACGUCCGUGGGACAACUUGCAGGCCUCGUCGUGAACGCAAUCUGCCAGGAGGGGUUUGGUGGCCACUUUCAUUCCUGUCUUCGCCCCGUCACUCUCAGUACUUACAUUUGGAGAAGCCAUGUGCGGUAUCGCCUGGGGCGCCUUCAGACACUUUCGACGACCUACGCUUCCGAGGCAGUGCCCACGUGCUUGAGGUCACAUGUCACUGCAUACGUCUGCAUGUGCUGGGAGCAGGGAUUCCUCCUCUGGUGUUUAAGCAGCUAUCUGUCUGUGAAGGGGGGACUGGAUGUUUACCGCCGAAGUAUCGAAUACAAGUAA